UCACCUGAAAUCCUCCCACGAUGCUGUGGCUGCUGCUACUGCAGGUGUCRGCGAGCUGCCUCUGGCUGGGACACAGUGAGGUGGUGACAUCCUUUGAGAWGUGUCCCCAGUUUUUCUAUGAGGAGACCACGCCAAAUGAAGCCUUGACUCCACAGAAYGCAGCCUGGAUCUGUCAACGCUACAACAACCAGUACCACUUUGCCACCCUGUACGACAAAUCCAUGAGAAUUCCUGUGUACUCUGCUUACAUCUACCAGCCUGGACCUCUGCCUUCAAAUGAAUCAUGGUUUGUUGAGCCCCAGCUGAUCACUCUUCCCAACAACAUGARAACAGAGGACUUCCUUGAACAUGAUUACACCAUUGGUCCAAAGCUAAUUGGCCAGAACCAGGCUAUCAAUGAAGACUACACCAACCUGACUGAUUUGGUCCCUGUCCAGUUGUGCCCCAGUGACCAUCAAAAUACUGACGACAGCAAGUCAGCUACCUUCACCCUGACCAACAUAGUGCCCGUGAAGCRCACACACAGAAAUGAUGUUAGGGCUUUCUACGAGAACCAAAUGAUGGCCCAGGAAAACCAGGACUGUACAACCACCUACAUCAUCAAGGGUGCUGUGCCUGGAAACAGCUCCACUCCUGAUGGGAGGGUUAAUGUACCCAGCCACCUCUGGAUAGCUGGCUGCUGUCAGACCAACACCACCAUGAAGACUUGGGCUUUCAUUACUGAGGGAAACUCUGCCCACCCCCUCAAUCUGAUGCAGCUGGAGGCCAAAUUGUCCAAGCUCUACAGAAGGGGAAAGGUUUCUCUGUUCUACAGGGAUUGCGCCUGUUAA